AUGGAGAUGAUUGGUUCAGGUAACGCUCCAUACAUCGUCGGUUACUACUGCUCAAUGAUUGAUCUUAAUACGCGUGAACUUUGCAUAUGCAUGGAAUUAAUGGACACGUCAAUAGCAAAAUUCUAUCAAGCUAUGCAUCGAUUUUUUUUACCUGAACUUUCACCUAAGAAGCUCAAUCGUUUCGUACAACGUUGUGCGUAUAAUGUUGUAAGGGCACUUGACUUUUUGAAAAGUAAAAAUAUUGUUCAUCGAGAUGUCAAACCGGCAAAUAUACUGAUAAAAAAGGAUGGUGAAAUUAAAUUAUGUGAUUUUGGUAUUUGUGGUAAUUUAACUGAUACACAAUUGGAUUUCGAUGGAAUUGUAGGUACUAAAAUGUACUUACCACCUAAACCAGAAAAAUGUGCUAUUCAAGGUGAUAUGUGGGCAUUGGGUAUCAGUUUAAUCGAAAUUAUUAAUGGAAAACAUCCAUUUGCUGAUUAUGAUUCUUAUGGACUAGCUUUUGGAAUUCUAGCAUGGGAACCUAAAGUUCCAACUAUAGUUUCAAACGAUACACAAGCAUUUAUUUUACAAUUGUUGAGAAAAGAAGCUCAUGAACGACCUCGAUCCUAUAUGGAUGUUAUAAAUGAUUCAUUUAUUUGUAAUAUGACGGCCAUACCAUCAGAUGAUGAAAUAGAUUUUAUUCGACAUGUUAUCAAUAAAACAAAUAAAUAA